UUUGCAAACUUCACGACUCUUUAAAUGAGCCUCUGACCGACAGGGUCGCUUCUAAAGUGCUGCCACACGUCAUGUGUCUGGAUUAUUGCUCUGCUGUGUCACACUGAGCUGGGUCCGUCUCAAACAACCUGCUUUUUAAAGGACCCAGGCAGCAGAGGAACACACGGGGUGUGUCUGGACAUUUUCAAAAGAAUUAAACUUUUUAUGCUGCUUUUAUUUUGCUCUUUGAAGUGAAAGGAAAGUUUCAGCUGAGGAGGAACCAGAGCGGCACCAUGCCGGGGAAUGGAGGAGUGUACGCGGUGAAGAGGAGGAAGAAGCCUGUCCAGAAAAGUGUCAAGCCUCCGCCUGUGAAGACCAAUCCGUCCAAACGCCACCGUGACCGUCUGAAUGGAGAGCUGGACCGACUCACCGAGCUGCUGCCGUUCUCUGAGGAGGUCAGAGGUCGCCUGGACAAGCUGUCCGUGCUCCGGCUCAGUGUGGGAUACCUCAAGGUUAAGAGCUACUUCCACGUGGCGCUCCAGAAGCACACAAGGUCAGCUCCUCUUGUUUCUGCAAAUGACAGAAAUGGACAGUCGGCGUCGCUGGAUGGAGUCAGUUUCUCAGAGGGGGAGCUCCUUCUGCAGGCUUUAAAUGGCUUUGUGUUGCUGGUGACGACUGAUGGCACGAUCUUCUACACAUCCCCGACCAUCCAGGACUUCCUCGGCUUCCACCAGUCUGAUGUGGUGCAGCAGAAUGUGCUUGAUCUCGUCCACAUGGACGACAGAGAGAUGUUCAAGUGUCAGCUCCACUUCGCCCUCAACCCCAACGACACACACUCAGACGUGAGAGCAGAAGCAGAUGGGCAGUCUAGCAGUAAAGCCUCGAGCAGCUCAGUGGGCUUGUUGCCUCAGUACAUCCCUCCAGAGAACUCCUCGUUCCUGGAGAGAAGCUUCUGCUGUCGCCUCCGCUGCCUCCUGGACAACACCUCUGGAUUCCUGGCUCUGAACUUCAAUGGACGUCUGAAGUACCUGCAUUUGCACGGAAACACAGGGGCCGAUGGGACCGCAGCUCCUCCUCAGCUGGCUCUGUUUGCCAUCGCCACUCCUGUGCAGCCUCCUUCAGUCAUGGAGAUCCGGACGAAGACCCUCAUCUUCCAGACGAAACACAGGAUGGACUUUGCUCCUUUGGGCAUAGACACCAGAGGGAAGCUGGUUUUAGGAUAUUCAGAGAUCGAGUUGGUCACACCAGGCUCCGGCUAUCAGUUCAUCCACGCUGCUGACAUGAUGUACUGCGCUGACAACCACCUCCGCAUGAUCAAGACUGGAGACAGCGGCUUCACGUUCUUCAGACUGCUGACUAAAAAAGGACACUGGUUGUGGGUUCAGGCCAACGCCAGGGUCGUCUUCAAGGGAGGGAGACCGGACUUCAUCAUCGCUCGGCAGAAAGCCCUCACAAACGAAGAAGGAGAGGAACACUUGCACCAGAGGAGGCGGCAGCUUCCCUUCAACCUUGCCACAGGUGAAGGCGUCCUCUACGACGUUUGUCUGGAGUCUAUCCCCGGUCCUCCUGGCUCCGGUGCACCGGGCUCCACAGUGCCCACAACAGAGAAACCUUUGGACCCCGCCUCCCUGCUGGGAUCCCUUCGCCGGCAGGACCACUCUGUUUACACCCAGCCUCAGACACCCAGUCCGCAGCUCCAAAUCCUAAACCAAUUAGAGGACUCUGAUUGUGAAGAACAACUCCAGCCGUCUUUGGAGCAAGCCUUCAUGGACAGCCACGCUCUGCUCAGCGUGCCGGGCCAGAUCCAGGCCUCGCAGAAGAGGACGCUCACCAGGGACCUCACAUCUGAAGCCAUGAUUGACUCUUUGGAGCAGAUUUUGGGGGAUAUUGGGGUUGGAGGGAUCGAGGGGCUUGAAGUGGAGGAGACGGAGCUGAGGGACUGGGAGAACAUGCUCGCCAGGAUGAGCGACCAGAGGGAAGACGUAUCAGAGGAACUAAAUCACAUCCUGGCUAACGAUGUGUUCACGUACGUUGAGGAGGCUCUGCAGAGGGAGACUGGUGUGUGUGUGCAGGACUCGGAUCAUGUUUCUGGGUCGAUUAACAGUUUAUCCGUCCAAGGAAACCAUCCUGGAUCUUUGUUUUCAAACAACCAGUGGCAGCCAGUGACGGACAUGAAAUCUGGCUUUGCAGAGCAGACUCUGUUAGGAGGUGUUUUUGGCGGUGUUGGGUGUUCGCCUGGACUAAACGGCGCUUCUCAAGUUGCGUCUCACACACCAACACCCACACAGUGUUGUAACACUCACCAGGGACACACCUCUUCGCUGUGGCCUCCGAGCAGCAACAAUCACCACUGUGGCAAACAAAUGAUUUCUACACACGCUGAAGUGACACAACAUUUUCCAUCUGUUAAAAGCACCAACAGUAUCCACAGCAGCAGCCGUCAGUCAGGCUCGGAUGUGACGGGCCAAACUGUACAAUACACGCUGACUGGUUCACAGAGCUCGUCAGCGUGGCGGCAACAACAGCUGCCGCAAAGUUUUAGCCAUCACACACUGACACAUUCCUCACACACACCAGGCAGCAUGAGCUCGACAGCUCAGCCGUUGUACCCGCAAACGCAGCGCUUAUCCGGCAGCUGCAUGUAUGAAAAAAGAGAAGGCCACAUACCGAGCGCUGCUACUGUUCCUGCCCGACAGAAUGGGCCCCUCCUGGGACCUUCCUGUGCCAGAGGAACCACACACGCUGCAGAGUCGACCACAAAUGCUCCCUUUGCACUGCCACGUCCAGGCAUGGCGGCUGGAGUCAUCAACCAGGGGAUGAUGCACCCGGCGGCGGCAGCUGGCUGUAUGGAUUUUGGCAAUAUCGGUUUGGUUCAUCUGAGUGGAAACAACGCUGGUCUGGGAGCAGCUCACUCAGAAUAUCAUCCUGAAAAUGGAUCAUUACAGUCGUCGUUCUUCUGUUGGAGCGGUGACGCUCAGAUCCCCAAAGUCCCCCUGAACGGUGUCAUUGACCCGUUUGCCUUCCCUGCCCUUCCUGCUGGGAGCAUCAACCUGUCCCAAAACACCGGCCCGUAGCUGCCUCUGCUCUGCUCUGCACUCACAGACUCUGAUCGGACCCAGAGAUACGCCUGAGUAUGAUGAGGAGUUUCUGCUUCUGGGAUGCUUGUGAUAUUUUAUAGAUGUUGUGUCUAUGAACCCUCUCAUUUCAAACAAAAGUUGCUACGUCAGUCUUCGCUGAUGAUGUAGCUGUGAGUAUCUCCAGUCUCUGGGCAUUUGAGCACUGACUCUUUAAAUAGUUAUCAAUCAGUCAUAACCAAUAAUUUUACACAUACUCGUUCUGCAAGUAACCAACAAUGUUGUGAAGUGUCCUGUCAGCUGAUUGGAAGCUGCACCCGACAGGAUUCAUUGCAAGUGGACUUUCUGUACGGAAUAAAGGACAGUUACAGCAGGUUAACUCCUCCUAUUCUACAUCACAAUGUGAAUCAGUGAACAUGGUUUAUAUGCAGUUUAUAUCAGUGUCGUUCUUUGAGUGGCGUUUAGAAGACAAAUCCAUAGACGGUGUAAAAGAAGUGGACGUAGCACCGUGACAUCACCCUUUGGUUUGUGGACGAAUGCUUUGAAGCCACAGGUUUGGCAUUUUGGCAUGGAUGUUUAAUAAUACCUAGAUACUGGAUGAUGGCGCCCGUUCAGUCCAAUGGAGCUACUCACCUGGUGCAAAGGCCAAAAAAGGUUUUUACCUAUGGGGUUUACUUCCAGGGUAUGUGGCCCACUGAAUAUGCACAGUAGUGUUUCGCCUGCGAGUUCCUGCUUCGCUCAAAGACUUCCCACUGUGAUGACACCUUAUUUAGGUGACACGCCAUCCACCAUCCCCUCCACCUCACGAUGACAAAGUCAGCUCAUGUACUACUUUAUACAUUCACUUUUGAAACAUUGACAUCAUAUGUAUAACACGUGCAAACAUCACAUAUUUGUGGUUUGCAGAAACCAUGACAUUUUCCUCUGGCCACAGGUAUGAACAUCGUGUCUCCAAAGAUGUUUGGAUUUUCUUCAGAAACUAAGGAGUGAAAUGUAGUUUUUCCCCGACACUCACGCAGCUUUUGUUUGAAAAGAACUGUGACUCAGACUGAUGCUCCACAUUUAAGAGUCACAGUUAACACUUAGAUUUGCCAAUUAUCUGGCAGUUUUAAAGGAAUUGUGUAUUAAAUAAUCAUGUGAGACAUGAAAUGCAAACAAUGCAGUAUUAAAAUACUGUAAAAUCUAUUUAAGCUGAACUCAGCUGUUGAUGUGACCAAGAUAAUUAAAUCCCAAUGAAACAUAUUUUCACCCCUGACAUUUAGCAUGUAGUAGCCAUAUACACACAUUAAAACAGAUGUAGAUGAAAUGUAUAUUUAAGUGUUUAUUAAUGUACAGUAUUUGGCAGCAAUUACAUCUUCAAGGUUCACUUUUGACCUUGGAUAAGUUUGACAACAAAAACUACUUACUGGAUUUCUCUCUGGAGCUUUCAGCCACAUGUCAUGGCUUUGAUCAGCAGGUGGAGUUUGCUCAGUUGUCAUGGAAUUUUUUCAUAAAAAUAUAAUGAAAUAAUUCAUAUUCAUAGAAAAUAUGCAGACAUGUUUUAUUUAGGUUACAUUUUGACAUUGACUGUUUAUACACCAGUGACAGUUUUGGUUGUUGACUCACUCAAAGAAAUGAUCUGGUCUGUUGUCAGGUUUAUGUAUUUCAAUUAAAUAUAAAAAAAAAAUUAAUUGAAUCAAGUAUUUCUAACUAAACAUGAAUAAAUAAAUGAAUAAAUAAAAAAAAUAAAUCAAAGAAAAGUGAUAUUAAUACUCUGAGAAUUUAUGUAACUGUAUCUCAUAGCAUUUACCUUAUUUUUUAAGUUUAUGUAAAUAUUUUUAAUACAUUGUGUGUAUUUAAAAUAUGUUGAAUUUCAUUUAAUGAAGUUAUGUAUUACUGCAAAUUAUUUUUUUUGUAUUUUAAUGAGGCAAAUUCAGUGAGCUACAUAAAUUCUCAUAGCCUAUUCAUCUCAUUUUAAUUGAUUUCCUUUUUUGGUUUGUGUUAGACUUGAUUCAAUGGAAAUCUUAUAUUUAUAAAUUCUAUGAGCUACAUACAUUUUCAUAGCCCAAUCAUCUUUUUUUUAUAUUAAUUUAUUACUUUUUUUUGGUUUAUGUUACAAUUACUUAAAUAGAUUCAAUGGAAAAUUUUAUAUCUAAUUACAAUACUUAAACCUGACAAAAUAGACCAAGUAAUUUGUUUAAGUUCAAAGAAACUAAAAAGAUAUUUUAAAUUCAUAGAAAAUAUUUGGACAUAUUUUAUUUGAUUUUACAUACACAGUUUUGGUUGUUGACUCACUCAAAGAAAUUAUUUGGUAAUUGGUAAAUAUAAAUAUUCCCAUUGAAUCAAGUCAUUCUAACAUAAACCAAAGGAAAAAAGUAAUUUAAACAAAUAAAAUUGAGAUUAAUACGUUAUGAGAAUUUAUUUAACUGUAACUGUUCAUGAAAUUACUGUCUGUAAAAAUUCAAAUUUGUUGAAUUUCCUUUAAUCAAGUUAUGUAUCUAAUUACUGUAAAUUAUUUCUUUGUGUUUCAGUAAGCUUAAUUAUAUGAGUUACAUAAAUUCCCAUAGCCUAUUCAUCUGUUUCAUUUGAAUUAAUUCCUUUUUUUUGCUUACUUUAUCCUGACAAAAUAGACCAACUAAUUUCCUUAAAUGCAAAGAAACUAACAAAUAUUUUACAUUCACAGAAAAUAUGCAGACAUAUUUGAUUUGAUUUCAGUUACAAUUUUUGUUGUUGACUGUAAAUAUAUUCUGUGUAUUUACUUUUAUAAGUUUAUGUACCCAAUAACUGUUAAUAAAUUCUGUGUAUUUCAAUAAUGUAAAUUCUAUGAGUAUAAAUUCUCAUACUCUAUUCAGCUCAGUUUUAUCUAAUUUAAUUACAUAAAUGGUAUCUUUUGAUUUAUGUUAGAAUUAUUGACUCAAUUCAAUGGAAACUUUAUGUGUAAUUUGAAUAUGUAAACCUGACAAAAUAGGACAAACAAUUUCUUUCAGUGCAAAUACAUUAAUGAACACUUAACAAAUGUCUUUAUAUCAGCUUACAACCACAUUAUAGUGGUUCAUAGUUUUUAUACACUCUUACUGCUUAUAAAUGUUAAAUGAUGUUUAAACUGAACACUGAUUGGUGGAUAAUUCUUCAGAAAUCAAACUGGAGACUGAUGGAGUGCAUAAUGAGAGUUAAUAGAUUAUUGGCAGUUAAAGAUAAUGUUGCAACCAGGGAUACAUGAACUCAUUCUUAAUUUGUUUGCGCUCACACACGUGAUCUGGGAGAGAUGGCAGCUCUAAGGUUUAAUGUGAACACAUGUCAAAGAGUGUGACUCUGAACUUUACAAACAUGCUGUAUUAUUUCAGUUUAAAUCCAUCUCAGAUGUAUCAAAGAAGAACUUUGUCAUAUUCAUAAUAAAGUACACGUUAAUGCAUCUUCGCCUGCAGGACAUCGCCAUGUAAUUGUGCUUCUGUAAUUAUAGGUCAUGUUACUCUCUGUAGCUGCUUUGUAUUCCUCGUGUAUAAAACACAACCAUGGGGGAGAAGUCUUAUUUAUUUUGCCAUUAAAGAACUGUAACCGCUCUGA